AUGGCUGAGAUGAUUCGUGAGGUUAUGGGAAACGGAAAUAUUGGAGCGUCUAUUCUAAAAGCGAUUGUGGAAUCCUCGAAGUUCAAUAUUUCGGUGCUCAUACGGCCAACUUCGCAAAAUCAAUACCCAGACAAUGUUCGUACCAUAGUGUCAGACUACUCUAUGACCAGCCUUAUCGAGGCUUUCAAGGGACACGAUGCUGUAGUAUCAGCCCUCGGUGCUGGCGGUCUUGAUAAUGAAAUCAGGAUGAUCGAUGCUGCCGUUACAGCUGGUGUAAAGCAUUUUAUCCCAAGUCAGUUUGGCAGCAACACUCAGAGCAAAAAGGCUUGUGAGCUCUUGCCUAUUUUGGCAACCAAAGCUGCGAUUCUUGGCCAUCUGAAGAAAAGGGGAGGACAAAUAAAAUGGACGGGCAUAAUCACGGGGCUGGCUUUUGACUGGGGUUUACAGAUUGGUUUGCUGGGCUUUGAUAUUAAUCAACACACUGCCUUGGUCAUGGACGGUGGUGACCGUGCUUUCUCUGUGACCACUCUCAGUCAGAUAGGCAACGCUGUCGUCGCUGUACUUUCUACACCUGAUCAGAAUAUCAACAAAGUCAUCUAUAUCCACUCUUUCACGGCCACGCAAAACCAAAUACUGGCGAGUUUGGAGAAAGCAUCUGGCAGAGCCUGGGAGACAACAUACUGUACAGCCGCAGAUGCAGUUACGAGAGGACUAGAGUUGUUUAAGAAAGGCGAAUUUUCGGGUUUAUUGCUUCUUCUCAACGCGAUUAGUCUUGGGGAAGGAUAUGGUUCCAAUCACCUGGUCGAUGUAGAAUUGGCAAACAGAGAACUCGGGCUUCCUGAGCAAUCUAUGCACCAAAUAAUUGCUGCUCUAACUCGUGGCACUGUCGCAUUGAUGAAAGAACAAUGA